AUGGACAUAAAAAAAGCCGGACUUAUCUACACGGCUUACAUACACAACCACAAGCUGACUAGUGUAAAGCAUGCCUUAUCCGGGUCUGAUAAAGACAAAUGGCAAGAGGCAAUGCAAGCAGAAAUUGAAUCGCAAAUAAAAAACGAAUAUAGAACAAGAUUAGUCACAAAUAGCUAUUCCCAAAUCUACGGCAUCGGUUAUGACGAAGUCUUUGCCCCUGUAGUGCGACAAGCAACCUUCAGGAUCCUUAUAGGCGUCGCAGGUCAUAGAGGUCGUGCCAAGCGUCUGGCUCCCCGAGACGUCGGGGCGCGCUUGGUACACGGUUGCGGACCAUCUUCUCGCUCCCCAGGCCCGGCUUCCAGACCUCAGGGAUCAGGACGGAAGCAGCGGCGGACAACGGCGAGGCCAGCUGCAGCUUAUUUCUUUGCGAUAUUGCGAUGGAUCGGCUACAACCCUAUUCAAGUUCUAGAAGCUUCGACUUUUUUCCCGUUAGAGGAAAACCUGACAUCCUUAAACGUGGAAGAUAUUGAUCUCGAAGACGGAAAAAAAGAUUUUUUCAACACAUUUACUCGGCUAAAGCACGUGUAUUUCAAGAAAUUCCAUUACUGCACAUCUUACGCACCGCAAGUCAAAAUUUGUCACCCUGCAAGUGACGGUGUUUCAUCACUUCACCAUCUGCUAAGUACACCUUUACUGCGAUCCGCCGUCUGGGGUAUUUCUUGUGCAACUUGCAUGGGUAACACCCUCGUUCUUUGGGGUAGAUUCACAGCAAAGGACGAAAAUCGAGUGUUGAGUAUCGUCAUACGCAAUUUAGCCGUUUCUGAUCUACUAAUGGGAAUAUACUUGUUCAUAAUUGGACUACAAGACAUUCGCUUUCGGGACAAUUACAACAUAGAAGCUAGUACGUGGAUGUCUUCGUGGCCCUGUACUUUUAUUGGAAUGCUUGCUAUGAUCUCUUCCGAGGUAUCGGUGCUGAUCUUGUCCUUCAUGUCUAUAGAGCGAUAUAUGUUGAUUGUAGCACCGUUAAAGGGUCACCGCGCUGUAACCCCACAGACUGCUGCGUCCUCUAUGAUCAUAGUUUGGCUCAUUGGCAUUACUCUCGCUGUUAUUCCCGCUAUUCACUGGCGUAGCAGUACACGCUUCUAUGGUCUCAACGGUAUGUGCUUUCCACUGCAUAUAGAUGAUCCUUUCAUUGUUGGAUGGGAAUACUCAGCUUUUAUCUUUCUCGGUGUCAACUUGCUCGGGCUGGUGACGAUCAUCUACGUAUAUGUCGGGAUGUUUAUAAGCAUCUGGCGUACGCGUCAUAGCACUCCUUUGUCGGUCGGUGAUUCUGAGUUUGCACUACGAUUCUUUUUAAUUGUUUUGACGGACAUUGUUUGUUGGGCACCUAUCAUCGUUCUUAAAAUAAUGGCUCUUGCUGAAUACCCUGUUGCACCUGAAUUGCAUGCUUGGGUAGUUGUAUUUAUACUACCCAUUAAUAGCGCUGUGAAUCCACUACUGUAUACGUUCACUACGCCAAAGUUUCGCGAAAGACUCAGCGAAGGAUGGCUUAGUAAAGUACGCAACAUCAUUUCGAGAAAACAAUCAAGGAGCAGUUCUCAAAUAUCCAAUUCUUACUAUCACAAGAGUAUGUCAACGAUGCCAACCAAUAAAAAAUUGUUCAGUCAAAAUAAGUUAUCGAAGCCAUCAUUGAAUGAAACCUUAGUAAUUAAAAUUUGCACGAAAGAUAAUUAGAAAGAGAAUUUAGUAGUAUUCUAACGUGUGAAUGAUUUAUAGAAUACACAGAUAAUAAUAAAUAUAUAUACUCAAUUUAUGUUA